AGUGGAGAGAGAUUGGGGGUCAGGGCUAUUAGAAGCGCCCUGACCCCCAACCUGCUGUGGAGUCCCCCUGGAGAAGUAAAGUCCGUCCAUGAAACGACGAAGGAAAAGGGCUUACUGAAGGAACUCCUGAGGACCCAGAAGUACAGCCCUGUCCGGAAGUACUGCCUUGGUGACGUCGGCGUGGCCUAUGAGCCCAUGGCCUACAAGGAUGCUUCCUGCUUUGGCAAGACCAGCAUUGGGACCCCACCACAGAACUUCCUGGGCCUUUCUGAUACGGGUUCUUCCAGCCUGUGGGUGCCCUCUGUCUACUGCCAGAGCCAGGCCCGCACUGACCACGCCCACUUCAAUCCCAGGCAGCCCUCACCCACUCUGCCAACAGACAGACCUUCUCCCUGCAUGCGGUAUGGCAGCGGCAGCCUCACCGGCUUCUUCACACUCUGAUGGUGAGUGAUGCUGUCUGUCCAGAGCAUCCAUGCCCCCAACCAGAAGUUCAACCUGAGUGAGAACGGGCCGGCCAACUUCAUCUACUUGAAGUUUGAAGGCAUCACGAGCAGGGCCUACCCUGCUCUGGCCAUGCGUGAGGCCACCACAGCCCUACAGGGCCUGCUGCAGGAGGGUGCCCUCACCAGCCCAGUCUUCAGCGUCUACCUCAGCAAGUGCCAGCAGGGGUCUCAGGACGGGGGAGCAGUCACCUCUGAGGGUGUGGACAACAGGCUGUACGUGGCGCAUCUCCUAGGCCCCAUCACCCUGGAGCUCCACUGGCAGAUCGGUGCUGAGGAGAGAAUGCACCCUGACUCUGUGGCUGUAGCUGUUUGCCCCUCAGUGGUGGGGAAAGCCCACCUUCCAGCUGAUCUGGGUUGGAGGGUGCUGAGGCUGUUCAUCUCCACACCAUUCAGGUUCCUCAUUGGUGGCCAGGCCUCCUGCUGGUGCUCCCAGGGCUGCCAGGCCAUCAUGGACACAGGUACAUCUUUGCUCACUGUGCCCCAGCAAUAUGUGAGUGCCCUUCUGCAGGCCACGGGGACCCAGGAGGACCAGUACGGACAGUUUCUUGUGGACUGUAACAGCACCCAGAACCUGCCCACCUUCUCCUUUAUCAUCAGUGGUGUGCAGUUCUCUCUGCCACCCUCCUCCUACAUCCUCAACCUAAUGCUGCCCGGUUGUGUUGUGCAGAACAAUGGCUACUGCACUGUGGGGGUCAAACCCACCUACUUGGCCUCCCAGAAUGGCCAGCCCCUGUGAGUCCUCCGGGACGUCUUCCUCAGGUCCUACUAUUCUGUCUACGGCAUGGGCAACAACAGGGUGGGUUUCGCCACUGCCACCUAGACUCAGUGCCUGGCCCCCUGAGCUCUCUUCUUCCUCUCGGCCCCGCACCCUGCAGGGGAUUCUCUCUGUGCUUCUUUGGAUUCAGCCUUCCUUUUCUGGACUCUCAACUUUCUCUCCUAAUAGAUGAUUCUUCUCCAUGUUGGCCAGCUCAUGGUUUUUAGAGGGGAGUUGCAGCCUGUAGGGCAGUUCCUGGGCUCAGGCAAUGGGAGAGAGAGAGCCAGGGGCAGAUUUGCCUCUGCUGGACCACGUUCUCCCCGAGGUGCUAGGAGGUUUCUGGAUGGGUCACUGAGGUUCUAAGAGAACUGGGGCAUAAGGUGAGGCUUGGGGAUGGGCCCUGUACCCCUCAGAGUCUCUUCACAGCUUCUCCCUGGAGAGGGAAGACAGUGGGUAGUGGCACAAGGCAGGGCAUUCUGUUCUGAUGGGCAAAGGAGCCCUACUCAACCUGGAAUGCUCUGCUGACCUAAUAUCCCAAAAGUACAAGCAGAAUUAGCCCAUGCAUGUCCACACGCAUGUCUCCAUGUUUGUCCACUAGCUGUAUGACUAGGAGUCCAGUGCGUUCCAGCCUAGGCCUCCGCCUCCUUCUCUGUGAUAAGUUUGCACUAGGAGAUUUCUGAGGAAUGCUGGAUGCCUCUGUGUACUUGUAACAGUCAUGGGUCCUUUAGCAAGGAGGGUGAUGCCACCAGACCCUGUUUCCAGGAAAACUUCAGAAGGUCUAGGCGGAGUUAAACUGAUCUUCUUUUCAUCCAAACCCUUAUGUCCCAGGGCUUGUAUCUGAAGAAGGGCUGGCCCUCAAUGGUGGGUAGGAGGAAUAGCUACCUGAAUCACAUGGAAAUCAAACCCACUUGCUCUAACCAACUGAGCAAGAGGUCUUGUCCCUCUGGACUUCAUCCAUGUUCUCCUUAGGAGCCAUCCAGCAAAAGAUCCAGAAAGCUAGGGCAGCAUGGGAUGGGGAGGAGGAGGAGAAAGCAGAGUAUGAUGGUUCAGGACCCUGUAACUUCCAACAAGGAAAGUGGACAUGAAAGGAGAUCAGAACAUAUCUGAUUUUUGAUGGUGGUGGGGGGUACUAGCAAGCUCAGACUGAUGAGGCCCAAGUGUAGAGGCAGUAUAAAUCGAAAACUCAUAAUGGGAGAGGAGGUGGGUUCCAUUCUACACUCAUAUUUCUUUCACCUUGUCCUUGACCAGCUGACCCUAACCUUGUCCCUUACGCUCAGGGUCAAGGGUGAAAGCUCCAGAUCCAGUUCAGGUACCCUACUAUAAACCAGGAGGGUAACAGGUUUGCCACGGAGGAAUUUCUAUGGCAACAGCGCACCAUCUGGGACCCUACAUCUUUCCUAGA